AUGAUGCCGCCUAGCAAGACCACCGCCGGUCUACUCCCAAUUUCGGCAGCAGCUACGCAAAAGUCGGGCGCUGUAGCGCCCGCAAAGAAAACGCCCAAGCCUCCUGCUCCACGUCUCAAACUUCUCAUUCGACGGUUGCCGCCCGGACUAACACAGGCUGAGCUUGAGAGUGCUCUCGGUGACAAGUGGAAAGCUGGGGCAGGAAACGUCGACUGGCUUCAGUACAAACCUGGCAAGGUGUCGAAAGAUCCCAACAAGCCAUCUCGCCCGUCAAGAGCAUACAUCCACGUUGUAUCCACCGAAUGUGUCUCUUCGCUCUCAGACGCCGUGCGCCAGGCUUCUUUCCAGGAUGCUCGUAACACUCUACAUGACCCCGUUCUACUUGGACCUCCGUCACUGGAAUUUGCACCUUAUGCUAAGACACCCGGAAGCCGGUCACGCAAGGAUGCUCGUCAAGGCACGAUUGAUCAAGAUUCCGACUUCAUCGCCUUCCUGGAAAGUCUGACCCAGCCCAUUACCAGGCCCGCAGCUGUGGAUUCCACGGCUGAUGGUGAGGACAAGAAAAAGGAAUCCGUAAUGACCACCCCGCUGGUACAAUUCAUCAAAGACAAGAAAGCCAGCAAGUCAAAGGACGGCAGUGGGUCCAAAUCCAAGCACGGUCGACCGGACAAGGAAUCAAAACAAGAGAAAGUACAAGCGAAAAAGCUUUUGCAACGGGGUGAUAAGGAAAUGGCUACAACCUCUUCUGACAAGAAGCCGAAAGGCGAAAAGACAAGCAAGGACUCUGUCAAGGCAACCAAGCAAGCUGCUGCUGCCAACGCCAAGGGAGGCAAGUCGAGUACCGCAUCAAACACCGCAAAGGAUACAACUACAUUUCUAGAGCGGAAGAGAGAGCGCGGAAGUAUCACAGUAGCCACGAAGAUCCUUCAGCGUGACCUUGGACUCUCCACAUCUGGUGGGCGACGCCGCGGCAAAGGUGGUUCGACUGAUACUGCGUCACCCAAGAACGACAGCUCUCGUGACUCGGCUAUUCCACCAGCCGAUCUGCCUAAGAAAGAGACCACCAGGCCUCCUAAAUCCGCAUCAUCCACAGCUAACACUCCAAAGCCCAAGGACAGCGAUCCAUCCUCGCGACCCGAUGCGGCCGCGCCGCCUGCAACCUUACCAGCCAAGUCCACUAAAGGCGGCAAAGCCAAGCACCCAUCAACUGCUAAACAAGCGUUCCUCAAGCACGCCAACCCCUCCCAGGGUGUGACCGAGGCACUCCUAGAGUCUGCAUUCACCCCAUUUGGGGCGGUGACGAAGGUCGAGAUUGACAAGAAGAAAGGAUUCGGCUAUGUGGAUUUUGCCGAACCUGAAGCACUUCGCAAAGCCAUCGCCGCGAGUCCCGUGUCGGUUGCCCAGAGUCAAGUUGUGGUAUUGGAGCGCAAAGAAAAUCCAGGAAUUGAAAAGUCGCGAAAAGGCCGCGAGGGCUUCGCUGCCAAUAAAGUCAAGGCUCCUACCGAAGCUGCUGGAAGCGCUUCAGCUGGCGGUAAUCCUGGAGGCAAUGCUGGCUCCUCCCGUGGAUCUCGUGGAGGGCGUGGGUCACGGAAUAAGGGAUCCAAGGGCAGUGCUGGAGCUUCGGAGAAAGCUGGAGGCACCGAGGCGAAAUGA